AUGCAUUCCCAAAAAAGAGCACCGCUCAUCAAACAGAGCUGCGACGCCUGCUCUUCUGCCAAGGUCCGAUGCUCCAAAGACGAGUUGGCCUGCUCCCGCUGUCGACAAAAAGGCUUCACCUGCAUCUACAGUGCUUCACGACGGGCUGGUCGAAGGAGUACUGUCCAUCUCGUGACCAGAGCUGGUCAACAAACCGAAGACUCCUAUUCAACCCCAUUUUCGCCGUCUUUGGACUCCUCUCCUCUGUCGAAAGCCUCUUCGCUCAGCCGGUCGCUUGAAGCAGAACCACAAUGCUCCACUUUCGGCCAAGAUACACACUCGGAGUCAUUUGAUAUGUUCAACGCCCCGUCGACAGGGGUGCCACAGUACGCCGCGCAGAUAAGCCCUUUUUCGAUUUCGCAAGACAGUCGUCUGAGCCAGUACGCGUAUACAACGAAUGGCACAAGCGGAGGUGCACCGCCGUGCGCGGUCAUGCAACCAUCUUGCGACAUCCUUGACAUGUCCUACCCACAAACUACCGCGCUGGGCAUGGACACUGUGACAAAUCUGCGAGAUCUGGGAGACCUUGACGACCUGAGUGGAUAUUCCGACACCUCGUCUGGAUCCGGCGGCACUCUUGCGGAAUGCGAAGCAGUGCACAACGAGCUUGCUAGCCUCAGCAGCCUCGCUGAGAGCAUGGAGAGGAAAUUCGACGUUAUAGUAGGCGAGCGCCUCCAGUAUAGAGACCUGUACACGGAAUUUGGCAUCCCAAUCGACGCGAUCGAAGCAGAUUGUCAUACACAUCUACUACCCGGUACACAAUGCGCCAGCCCCAUGGAAGCAAUGCUAUCUCUGGAACCUGUUCAGAUUGGUGGCCCAGGAUUCCGGAGGCCCAGUGUCAACGAAAUGGGAUUUUACAUGAGUCUCGCGGAGUUGAAAAGGAGGCUGAGGUGGAUGAAGGAAGAUCUAAAUCAUGUCGUAACCGCGUGA